GUUCAAAUUGGAGGAGUAGAGUAACAGGAUCCAGUGUAACACCUUGGACUUCAGGAACUGCACUGGAAGAGGUUCCUGAAAUGGGUGCUAGAAGAAAACAGUGGAAGAAGAAUAUGUUUAUUCCUUCUAUUAGUACACAGGAUAUGCUAAGUCAGACUUCCCAGUCUGAAUCUUCUUUGGAACAAACAACUUCAGAUAAGACCAGGAGAAUGGAAGAAAUUUUUAAUUUGUCCAGUAGAAAGUUUCAAGAAAGAAAUAAAUAUAAGAGGAAAGAAUGUAUUUUCCAAGUAAAUGAGAAAGAACAAGAGCCAAAGUUAAGAGAGAGAAAAAUAAACAUUUCAAAGAAAGAAGCAGACACAAAUCCUGCCUCCUGUGAAGCAACUAAUUUGGAUGUGGCAACCAAAGAAAGUGUUAAAAGCACAGAAAACCGUUCUGCAUGGAGGACAAAGGAAUUACCAAUCGUACGCCAGCGAGACACAAGGAAGAAAAUCACCGAAGGAAUGUCUCCCAAACUUCGCCUGAACCUUUUGAAUGAGGAACUGGAAGAACUUAAUAUGAAAUGCAAAAGAAUAGAAGAGGAAUUUGAAAAUGCCAAAAAAGAACUUUUGAACUCGAAAAAAGAAGUUUCCACAAAACCUCUAAAUUCUGAAGAAACAGCAAGGGACGCCUUGAAGAACAACCAGGAGCUUCAAGCUUUAAGAAAUAACCUGUCUGAAAAAGCAACAAACAUAAAAAACUUAACCAAAGAGCUCCAGCAAGCCAAAGAAGUCAUCCACAAGUUGAAUCUAGAGAACAGAGAUUUAAAAGAAACUGUCAGGAAAUUAAAGCAUCAAACUGAGGUUGGAAAUGCACUCCUAAAAGAAGAAAUGAAGUUAUAUUAUGAAUUAGAAAUGGAAAAGAUCCGCGGAGAGCUCGAAGCCAUCAAGAAUGAGCUGAGGGUGGAGAAGACCCUGCAGGCAAAAAAUAACAGGACCCUGGAGAUGCUUAGAAAACCCUUUGCCUCAGUAACAAGUACCCUUGACCGCUUUACGGGGGAUUGUUUUUGAAACUUAAAAGCCUUUCAUUAGGCAAAUCAUUGAGCCAAAUCAGUGUUUAUUGUACUUUCUUUGUCUACUACUUAAAACGUGUGUAACAGGAUAUAAUUUUCAUUUCUGUUGAAUCAGAGUAUCUGAAAACAUGUAGAUGUUAAUGUCAAAGCUUCCACUUUUACUUUCUAAUGAAGUUAUUGUGAAAGUCCAAAUGGAAAUGAAGCUUCAGAAAUCUUUUUUUUAUAUAUUUCAUCAGACACAUGGUGAUUCACCAAAUCAUUUAUGAAUACAAAUAACAGCUAUUUUGUGAUCUUGUGAGCUAUACGUCCUUGGCACGUGAAUAUUCUGACAUCUGUGUUCAUUGAUGUUAACAAUAAAAAAUUUGUUUCUGUGUA